AUGAAGAGGCAAGCGGCUCUCAAGGCUCUGAAGGACCUUAAGAAGUCUGGCGAAGCUUCUGAGAAAGGCGAGCCAGCGGCUCUCAGCGAGUUUGCUGGCGAGCAGGCCGCGACCCUGCCUGGCGCUGACAAAGGCCCGCUCUUUGGCAAGGUCUGCAGGGUGCUGCUUGAGGACAACAACUGCUCCAAGACUGGCAAGGCCUCUGCCCACAACCUGCUCUCGAGCACUGUGACUCUCACUGGUGUGGGCGAGACCAAUGCCACACUCACCCUCUCUGCUGACCAGGUCUGUGAGGUAGAGAAGGACUGGCUGCCUGUCAAGAAGUGGAAGCAGAUGUCGCUCAAGCGGACCCUGAAAGAGUCUGUUCUCCGAGCCUGUGGGGGUCAUCGACUCUGGGGCGAGGAGGAUACUCAUGCUGCUGAGCAUGUGGAGCUUCUGAAGAACAAGCCCCAGAUGCUGCUGGACCAGCAUCUGCUCUAUGGCUGGGAGAUGCUGCGGUGGCAUUUGUCUGACUCUGACGAUGCCAACUUCUUCCUUGAGCAGUCUGUGAGGAUGCUGGACCCGAAGCUGACCACCCUCUGCCUGUCCGGCAAGCACUCCAACCCUGCUCUGUUGGAGAGUGUUCUGAAGAAGCAGCUGCCGGACUGCAAGAUGCUCUUCGCUCCCAUCUGGGGCCAGGGGCUUGGUCCCACCCACUGGACUCUGCUGGUGCUGACUUUCGAAGGCGACGUGCCCUCUGUGCAGUAUCUGGACUCUCUGUCUGAGAAGCACGCGGCCUGCGCAGCCAAUGCUGCCAAGCUUUUGUCUCUGCUUCUGCCAGGACAGGCUCUGCCUGAGCGCUCUGAGUGUCCCUUUCAGAAGGGACAUGACUGCGGCUUCUGGGUUCUCUCCAACAUGCUCUGGAUCCUCAGCAAGGUCCGGGGCGAGGGACCCUGUGCGAGGGGCUCGCGAGGCAAGAUGGCUCUGGAACUGAUGAGUCAUCUGAAGGCCUGGCUUCAGCAACUCCAGUCUGAGCAGUUGAAGCUCUUCAAGGCGGAGGAGCAGGCAGAGAAGGCUCUGAAGAAGACUCUGAAAGCAAAUGCUGCCAAGGCUGCGAAGGCUGCAGCUCUGCACAAGACCAAGUCUGAAGCGGCUGAUCUUGUG